UUCUUAGCGAACCUUUGCUUAGUACGCGGCGAGGCGGCGGAAAGACGAGUUGGAUCGAACAAUGUUAUAACAUCAUAUCCACUUAAUGAUUCUUUGAUUUCUUUUGUUUUUGUGUAAAUUGAAAUUUCAUUACUAAUAUUGAAUCGUUCACGAGAAUCAUGAGCGUAUAGAAUCACAAAUGCGAAGCGUAUCAUCAGCUCCACAGGAAAACCUACCUCCUCUUCAUCCUGCCGACUCAGUUGAACCACGUGUGAAUGACCCGUUGAGUUGGGCACAAAAGAAAGCUAAAAGGGGUGAAGAUAUAGAAAUGUCGAAAUUCGCCGAAGAGCUUGGGUUCCAUUGUGAGGAAGAUGCACAUCCGCUAUUUAUGCAAGUUUUACAAUCAACAACUGUACCGUAUAUCAUAAGACGACGUUCGCUUAAUCAGUACAAAGUGUGGAAGGCAUCUAAAGGUGGUGAAUUUUGGGCAGACCGAAGAAUUCGCUAUCAAGUCCGAAUGUCCACGAAGUCGGCUGUAAGCGAGAUAAUCGAAGGAAGUGGGGCUGUUAGAGAACAUUAUAUCAGCGUCAAUAAUUCAACUUUGAUUCCACUUUUAUCAAACAAUUUCGAGGUGGGUCCGAAACGAGGCUCGGGCUUAUCAUCACCAACACUGUCGCCUCCGCGCCGUCCGCUCUUUAAUAUCAACAACGAUGAAGGAGCUGUCACAGGAACUUUCGACAAUCACGAACAGCUGUCUAGCGGAGACAAAGGUGAUGAGGGUGAGGUAUUUGGACGACCUUACAGUGGAACUGUAGAUAUGUCCUGGAUUAAGGAGCGGCCAGAAUUCACAUUCCGUUUC